CAGCGCGGCCGGGCGGGUCGCGAGUGUCUGCCUCCUGGGGGGCGGGGGGGACGAUGAACGGGACGCGGAGCUGGGGUACCCUGGUGGACGUGCAUCCCGAGGACCAGAGCUCAGGCAGCGUGGACAUUCUCAGGCUGGCUCUGCCGAGUGAACUGACAGGAGAUGAACUUGAGCACAUAGCCCAGAAGGUGGGCAGAAAGACCUACGCCAUGGUGUCCGGCCACUCAUCUGGUCACUCUCUGGCUUCAGAACUGGUAGAGUCCAACGAUGGCCAUGAAGAGAUCAUUAAGGUGUACUUGAAGGGGAGGUCUGGGGACAAGGUGGCCCACGAGAAGAACAUUAGCCAGCUGAAGAGUGAAGUCCAGUAUAUCCAGGAGGCCAGGAACUGCCUGCAGAAGCUCCGGGAAGACAUAAGCAGCAAGCUCGAUCGGAAUCCUGGAGGCCCUGUCCAUCAGCAGGACGUCCAGAUGGUGCUAGAAAAACCAAAUGGCUUUAGUCAGGGUCCCACAGCUCUGAACAGCAGCCUUCCUGAGGUGGACCCCUGUGUGAACGAGGACGUGCAGGGUUUGAGGAGGACUGUGCAGGACCUGCUUGCGAAGCUGCAGGAGGCCGAGCGGCGGCGCCAGUCAGACCGUGUGACCUUCGAGGUCACACUGAGCCGGUAUCAGCGAGAAGCAGAACAGACUAACGUGGCCCUUCAGAGAGAGGAGGACAGAGCGGAGCAGAAAGAGGCGGAAGUGGGGGAGCUGCAGAGGCGCCUGCUGGGCAUGGAGAUGGAGCAUCAGGCCUUACUGGCAAAAGUCAGGGAAGGGGAGACAGCCCUCGAGGAACUUCGCAGCCAGAAUGCCGACUGCCGAGCAGAGCAAGAAAAGGCUGCUACCCUGGAAAAGGAAGUGGCUGGGCUGCGGGAGAAGAUGCACCACCUGGAUGACAUGCUCAAGAGCCAGCAGCGAAAAGUCCGGCAGAUGAUAGAGCAGCUUCAGAAUUCAAAAGCUGUGAUCCAGUCAAAGGAUGCUACCAUCCAAGAACUCAAGGAGAAGAUCGCCUAUCUGGAAGCCGAGAAUUUAGAGAUGCAUGACCGAAUGGAACACCUGAUUGAGAAGCAGGUCCGUCACGGGAACUUCAGUACCCAGACGCGAGCCAAGACAGAGAACCUGGGCAGUGUGAGGAUAUCCAAGCCCCCCAGCCCCAAGCCCAUGCCGCUCAUCCGAGUGGUGGAGACCUGAGCUGCCCGGAGAGAUGGACGCCGCCUGUCCUGUGGAGAAGCUCAUCGCCUCUGACUUCCCAACUCCUCCCCGGCUGGCACCAGGUCUUGGACUCCUGUCCCGGGAUCCUGUCCCCUUCAGGCUGAGCAGAUGGAGCCUGAUCUUUCCUGGGGACACUGCAGCCCUUGGGGGCAGGGGAGGCACACUCUGUUAGCAGGACCGGGACACUGUCCUCAAGCCCGCAGUCAGUGCUUUCUCGGAGGCACAGCCUUCCUUCCAUGUUCGCCGGAGCCCCUCACUGAGUCCAGAGAGGUGACAAGGUCGGUCUCAACCCUAAAAGCUGGAGGCACAGCUGUGCAGCGGCUGGAGUGUGUCCUAGAGGAAUGAAGUUCCUUCUGCAAACAAGAUUCAGUUCUUAGCAACAGACAGGUUUUGUGGUUUUUUUUUUUUUUUUUUCUUGCUCCACCCUUAAUCCAUGCCAUCCUGGGCCUCCUGGCCAGGCCCGGUCUGAGCUGGGGAACCUUUUUUUUUUUUCCAAGGUAGGGUCUCACUCAAGCUCAGGCUGACCUGGAAUUCACUAUGGAGUCUCAGGGUGGCCUCCAACUCAUGGCGAUCCUCCUACCUCUGCCUCCCGAGUGCUGGGAUUAAAGGCGUGCGCCACCACGCCCGACCGAACCUAAACUUUUGACUGUACAGCCUUGUUGUGUUCAUGGAGACACGGGAAGGGACAUUCAGGGAGUAGCUUGUUAGCAGGAAGAGCCUCUAGGGCCGGGACUAUUUCACCUGUCACUUCUCUUUGCUGUGAAAACUCCCAGAGUCUCUAUGGAGUGUUCCCUAUACCGAAAGGCACACCUCCGUUUUCCUAACCCAGAGUUACAUCAGUACCAGCAAACCCCCUGUAUUUAUUUUGCUAAGUUAUUGGUGUCUCUUGCUUACAUCUCAUAACUGACUUAAUACCGGCAUUCCUCAGCCUCCUGAGCUGUCUGGGGCUGUUUGUAAGGGAAGUAAGUGUUCUUGCUGACUUCGGAGUGGCCUUGUGGUGAGUGGUCCUCCGCCUCCCUCAUAGCUGCUGCUUCUCACUUUGUCCUCCACGGUUGACCCGCAUCCCAGGAGGCACGUCUCCUGAGAGCAUGUCGCUUGAGGAUCAGGGCUAUCGGGACUCUUGCGGUGGAGGUACCGGGAACCCUCUUCUCUGUAGUGGGUCGUCUUCAUUCCAGUCCCAGCUCUGAAUACCCCGCAAUUCACCAGGUCUCCUGUAGGGUGGUCUGGGAGCCUCAAGAAGCAGACAAGCAUCAGAACGGAACCAUAGGAAACAAGCUAAAAAUAAACACGGAUUUAGCCUUGGACUCUACUAGGCUCAUCCCUAGAAGCCUUGGUCCCUCUGUUUCUGCGUGCCCGGACUGGGCCAGCGGCCUGGCUUUGCCUAUGAUGGGGUUCUGCAAUUUCAGGCAAAAAUGAGGGGAUUGACAGAUAAUCUCCAUGUCCCUUCAAAUUCUUCUUUUUUUUUUCUGUGACAUAGUCUUUGUAUGGUGAAUUUAAUAAAUUAUGUCAAUAUGUCUCUGA